AGUGCCCCUGGGCAUGGGGCCGGUGCUGGCGCUGUGGGCCUGGCUGGUGCUGGGGACCGCCGGCGGGGAGAGCCCUGUGCCCACAGCCCUGGCAGGCGGGCAGCCCUUCGCCGUGCUUUGGAACAUCCCCAGCGGCCGCUGCCAGCGCCGCUUUGGCGUGGGGCUGCCCCUGGCCGACUACGGCAUCGUGGAGAACCAGGGCGGCCGCUUUGCAGGGCAGAACAUCACCAUCUUCUACAAGAACAAGUUUGGGCUGUACCCCUACAUCUCCCCGCAGGGUGUCCCGCACAACGGGGGCAUCCCACAGCAGGCACCGCUCCGGGCCCACCUGGCGCGGGUUGCGGGCGACGUGCAGCUGCACCUGCGCCCCACGUUCAGCGGCCUGGCUGUGGUGGACUGGGAGGAGUGGCGGCCGCUGUGGGCCCGCAACUGGGGUCCAAAGCGCGUCUACCAGCUGGCCUCGCAGCGAUGGGCGCAGAAGCGGGGCGGGGGGCGGCGGCAGGCCCGGCGGGCCUUCGAGCGGGCAGCGCGGGCGCUGAUGGAGCAGACGCUGCUGCUGGGUCGCAGCCUGCGCCCGGCGGGACUCUGGGGCUUCUACCGCUUCCCCGACUGCUUCAACGGCAACUGGGCCAAGGUGGCCAACUACACGGGGCGCUGCCGGCCGGCCGAAGUGCGGCGCAACGACCGCCUGCACUGGCUGUGGGCCGCCUCGGCCGCGCUGUACCCCAGCAUCUACCUGCCGCCGCUGCUGCCGCCCGGCCUGCGCCGUCGCUACGUGCACCACCGGCUGAGCGAGGCUCUGCGCCUGGCCGCCGGCCGCCUGCCCGUCGUGGCCUACUCACGGCUCUCCUACCGCCGCUCGCCCCGCUUCCUGGAGCCGGUAAGGCCGGGGGGUGGUGCUCGGUGUCCUGGCCUGUCCACCCGGCCACACGGCCCCCUGUCCUUGCAGGCUGACCUGGAGCACACCAUCGGGGAGAGCGCGGCACUGGGGACGGCCGGAGUGGUGCUGUGGGGUGACAUGUCGUACUCCCAGUCAGCUGAGAGCUGCAGCAGCCUUCGCCACUACCUCGUGUCCACCCUGGGGCCGUAUGUGGCCAACGUGACAGCAGCCGCGCGGGCGUGCAGCUUGGAGCAGUGCCACGGGCAUGGGCGCUGUGUGCGGCGGCAGCCCCAGGAGCUGAGCAUCCUGCUGCACCUGGGUGUGGGCUCCUGGGCACCGUUCCGCUGCCACUGCUACAACGGCUGGGCUGGCCAGGACUGCGUGCAGCCGGAGCCGCAGAGCCCUGCCGCCUGCCCCACGCUCACCCAUGGCCUCUACGGCCACCAUGGCCCCCAGACCCCUGACACCUGCCCACGGCGCAGCAGCUGGGGCUGGUGAGCAGAGCUGGGGG